AUGGCGGCUUCGGAGGCGGCGGCGGCUGGGCCCCCGGCGGCGGCGGCAGGCAUCCCAGCCUCCCCGGCGACCAGGAGGGAGGCCGCCGCCGCCUCAGACCCGUGGGGACCGUCGGAUCCCCGGCUGAGAGGCAGCCGACCGCGGUCUGCAGCGGUGAGGCCACAGCCCGCGGCGCCGGGGCCACCGGCCCGCGAGCUGAUUCAGCCGUCCGUGAGCGAGCUGUCCCGGGCCGUGCGCACCAACAUCCUGUGCACAGUGCGCGGCUGCGGCAAGAUCCUGCCCAACAGCCCCGCGCUCAACAUGCACCUGGUCAAGAGCCACCGGCUGCAGGAUGGCAUAGUAAAUCCAACAGUAAGAAAAGAUUUGAAAACCGUCCCAAAAUUUUACUGCUGUCCAAUUGAAGGAUGUCCUCGAGGUCCUGACAGACCAUUUUCUCAGUUUUCUCUCGUAAAACAGCACUUUAUGAAGAUGCAUGCAGAGAAGAAGCAUAAAUGCAGCAAGUGCAGCAACUCUUAUGGGACUGAAUGGGACUUGAAAAGACAUGCAGAGGACUGUGGCAAGACCUUCCAGUGCACAUGUGGCUGUCCCUACGCCAGCAGAACAGCUCUGCAGUCUCACAUCUACCGAACCGGCCAUGAGAUCCCUGCAGAACACAGGGAUCCACCUAGUAAAAAAAGGAAAAUGGAAAACUACCUACAAAGCCAGAAGUUACCCAGAAUGACCACUGAAUCACUGAACGGCCAACCAACCCCUUCACCAGACACUCACAAACUAGAAGCUUCAGAGAUGAAACUCAUAGCAUCUUUUGAAGACUCUUGCAGCUCCAAUGCCAAAAAACAGAGUGUCACAACACCUCCAAGAUAUCCUCAGAAGUUGCUUCUGCCAAAGCCCAAAGUGGCUCUGGUUAAACUUCCAGUCAUGCAGUUUUCUCCCAUGUCUGUCUUUGUGCCUACAGCCGACUCUUCGGCCCAGCCUGUGGUGUUAGGUGUGGAUCAGGGCUCCGCUGCGGGUGCUGUGCACUUGGUGCCCUUGUCAGUAGGAACCCUGAUCCUCGGCCUAGAUUCAGAGGCCUGCUCUCUGAAGGAGAGCCUACCUCUUCCAAAAAUCAUCAGUCCUGUUGUUGAACCAGUGAGUACAGGGGUUCAAGUGAACUUGGGUAAAAGUCCAUCUAAUCCCUUACAAGAACUAGGAAAUGCAUGUCAAAAGAACAGCAUUACUUCAAUCAAUGUGCAAACGGAUGUGUCCUUUGCCUCACCAAAUUUGAUACCUUGUGCUCCAUGGCUCGGCCCUGAUUCCUCUGUGUCGUCUUGUUCUCAGACUGAUCUAUCAUUUGAUUCUCAAGUGUCCCUUCCCAUUAGUGUUCAUACCCAGACAUUAAUACCCAGCACAAAGGUCACUUCAUCCAUAGCUGCUCAGACUGACACAUUUAUAGACACUUGUUUCCAGCCAGUUGGGAUUUCUAGAGAAACCCAAACCAGCGGGAUGCAAAGUUCCUCAAAUGACCAUGUACAGGUGGACCAAGGUGGAUUGUGUGGAGAUAUCUUUGAGAGUGUCCAUUCAUCAUAUGGUGUUCCUGCAGACAACAUGAUGAAUAGCAGCUUAGUAGCAGAGACAAUAACUCAUGGUUUGUUACCUCAGAAUGACUCUAAGAUUUUAAACCAAGUUAUUGAGAAAUCUGCACCCAUGCUGAACUUCAGUACACAGAAUAGCAUGCUUCCUCCACAGAACAUGACAGAUAAUCAGACCCAAACCAUAGACUUGCUAAGUGACUUAGAAAACAUCUUGUCAAGUAACCUGCCUAGUCAGACACUAGAUAACCGGACUCUUUUGUCUGACACAAAUCCUGGGUCUGAUACACAGCUUCCACCUGGCCCCACCCAGAACUCUGGAAUUGAUUUUGAUAUUGAAGAGUUUCUUUCAGCCUCAAAUAUUCAGACUCAGACAGAAGAGAGUGAACUUAGCACCAUGACCACUGAACCAGUCUUGGAAUCUCUGGAUAUAGAAACCCAAACUGACUUCUUAUUUGCAGACCCCUCUGCACAGCCCUAUGGGUGCAGGGGAAACUCAAACUUCUUAGGCCUUGAGAUGUUCGACACACAGACACAGACAGACUUAAACUUCUUUUUAGACAGUAGCCCUCACAUGCCCCUUGGCAGCAUUCUGAAACACUCCAGCUUCUCCAUGAGCACCGACUCGUCUGAUACAGAAACCCAAACUGAAGGAGCUUCCACUGCCAGAAGUAUGCCUACUUUAGAGAGUAAGGUUCAGUUGAACAGUGCAGAAACACAGACCAUGAGUUCUGGCUUUGAGACCCUGGGGAGCUUGUUCUUCACCAGCAAUGAAACCCAAACAGCAAUGGAUGACUUCCUUCUGGCUGACCUAGCCUGGAACACGAUGGAGUCUCAGUUCAGCUCUGUGGAAACCCAGACAUGUCCUGAGUUGCACUCCGUCUCCAACUUCUGAAAGUGGUGGUCACCUGGAGAUGGCACUUACUCCUUCCCAGCAGGUUUAGAGCAUGGGGAACAAGGACAACAGUACUGCCUCGGGAAUGUCAUGAAUGGUGCAGCUGUUUAGUCUCUGCAGUUCUUUGCCUUCCAUACUUGUAAACAUGAAGUUUGUAUAUAAAUGUGAAUGUAUUAUACACUGUAAGAUGUUGUCUAAAAAUGUUUUUGUGUUGCCUAUGUUUGCUCUUCUAUAGCUAGUCAUUCCAUCGUUGAAGUAUUUCAUACUGUAGAAUCUAUACAGCCGUUUGGGAGAAGCCAACCAUACCAGGUACUAGGGCGCAAAUUUUGCAAAUCUUCAAAAUGUUUCCACAAGUGCAGCAAAUUUAGGUGGCGGCACACAGACGCUUUCGGCCGCUGCAUCUGCCUGGGCACUCCUGCGUGCAGGCACACUGCUUUUCUGACUUAAAUGCUGAGGGAAACUACAGCUGCUUUAGCUUUUACAGCACCUUUCUUGAAAUCUUUGCUUUCCUUUCUCAUGCACUGUGAUCACUGCCACCUUGAGCAUGUGGUCCUUUCCUCGCAGAGGGUGGCUGCUUCGCCAUUUGUGCAGGAGCCACAGCGCUUAGUGUGAGUAGCCAUCCUGGUAACAGCAAGGCAUCUGAACAUGAGCGUGGGUGUUCAUCCUGGGCUGCUUCCUGCUUUGUAAAAAGUUUUCCUCUGCUUUCUCACCGUCACUGCUCAGAAGACUGCUAUGACCAAAUACAUCAGUUUCCCCAGGCCAGCCUCCAGAGCUUCUGACUAGCUAUAAACUGGGAUUCCUGAGGAUCCCCCCACCCCCGCCUUGAGUUCAAUUAAUUUAGUAAAGCCGCUCACAGAACUCAGGGAAACAGAUACUGCAAAGUAUAUGGCAUGUGGGCAGGGGCACAGGGCUUCCACUUCCUCUAGGCACACCCAUCACCCUCCAGGGACCUAUGCAUGUUGAGCUAUAUAGAAACCCUCCAAACCCAAUUUUUUGGAGGUUUAUGGGAGCUUCGUUAAUGGGCACAAUUAAUUAAAUCACUAGCUGUGAUCAACUUAACCUUCAGCCCCUCUCCUGUCCCUGAAGGUUGGGGUAUAGAACUAAAAAAAUACCUGAUCAUACCUGAUCUUGUGACUAAUCCUCAUCCUGAAGCUACCUAGGGCCACCAGCCAACAGUAACAUCAUUAGUAUAUAAGCACAAAUGUCUGUUCUCCAUAUUACAAGGAUCUUAGGAGUUGUAUGCUAGGAAAGAAGCCCAAAUACAUAUUUCCAUAUAUCAUAUCCCUCCUGCUCUCCACAGCAGGCCAGGGGACUACAGAGUUGGUUCCCAUAAUCCACCUACAGGCUGUAUCUGAGCUUAUCCCUGUUGUUAAAAAGGAAACAGUAGAAGCCGGAUGUGGUGGCACAUGCCUUUAGACCCUGUACUUGGGAGGCAGAGGUAGGAAGAUUGCUAUGAGUUCAAGGCCACCCUGAGUCUUAAUUCCAGGUUAGCCUGGGCUAGAGCAAGACCCUACCUCUAAACACAAAAAAUAAAAGGAAAACGUGGGAAGAGGAAAGGAAAUUACUGCCCAACAUCCAUAUUCAAUGCUUUGCACUUUCAAGCUUGAUAGGACAAGUGUGUUCUGUAAUUAAAGUGACUUUGUUGAAUUUUAAAAAUUGCUUUGGUCUAGCCAGGAUAUUUAUCUGUGCCUUGAGGCUAUCAAUCAUAGAAUAGAUCCAUUUAAAGUAUGGUGUUCUGCAUUUUGUUGUGAUACCAAACAUUCUUUAUAGAAAAAGAGGUGAUGCUGGGCGUGGUGGCACACGCCUUUAAUCCCAGCACUCGGGAGGCAGAGGUAGGAGGAUUGCUAUGAGUUCAAGGCCACCCUGAGACUCCAUAGUGAAUUCCAGGUCAGCCGGGGCUAGAGUGAGACCCUACCUCAAAAAAAACCAAAAAAAAAAAAAAAAAAAAAGAGGUGAAAACCUUACUUCAAUAAUCAAGAACAUUUGCUGAGAGGAGAGCCAGGUGAAGCACAGGUUGGGGGUUCUCUGCUCAGCUUGCAGGGAAGUAAGUUCAGUGCGGCCUGUGAGUUUUUUACCUCACGUGCUGUUGUUUCCAUGGUGCAUGCUUGUGCUGCUGGAGGCUGAGUCCUCAGAACCUAAGACAUCUAAUGAUCAUUACAUCGUGGUGUUGCUGCUAAUGCGUAUCCCAUACAUCUGUGAAAGACUUGGGAAUGGGUGAAUAACACAUCCAGGCAGAUGAAAGCCCAUAAACACUGACUUUGGGCACAGUUGCCUAGGAAUAUGGGUCUCAGAACAAACAUAAAGCCUUAACUUAGAUUUUCGUUGCUUUGGAAUUGUCACUGCCUUAAUGUUCAAAGUCUUUUGAAGGUCUCCUAGUAAAGGAGGGAUGCAUGUUUGUCUGUGGCUUUGUGUAAAUAGGCGUGCAGUAAUCUGUGGCUUUAAAUUUGUUUCCGUGGCAAUGCUAUAGUUAUUUACAGGGACAAAAAUGGAGCAUGUAAUUGUUCCUCAUGUACAAGAACUGUUCCCACAGUACCUUAGUCACCUGAAAUGUCCUAAGUUUAUUCGUGAAAACUGAAAUUUGGUGAUUAAAAGGAAGCUAGAACUCUC